AUGUUUUCCGUGGCCGAGGAGGGCGAGGGCGUUUCGGACUCUGUCAUACAGCUGUUGGAGGAUGAGCUGAACAAGCUGAGGCAGCUGCAAUCUCGGCACAACACGGACCUGGACCUGUUUACCAUUCUGGCUGUGCAGUUCGAACUCCAGUCGUACUACUUCAUACCCCUAUCAACCGCCGACAAAUCCACCUUCCGCCACAACGUGAACCGCGCAUACAGCACGGCGCAAGCCAUCAUCAACCUCGCCCUGCGCCUCGAGAGCUCCCAGCGGUUCCUCUACCACGCGCCGCAGCACGUCUUCCGCACGGUGCUCGACGCCGCGACGGUCGUCUUCGACGUGCUCCUCUCGGGCCACGCGACGGACCUCGAGCUCGCCAACGCGGAGGUCUCGAUCAAGAACUCGCAGGAGGCGCUGCGCCGGUGCUCCGUGCAGGAGGGCGACUUCGCGAUGCGGGUGCUGCGGAUGACGGAGUCGUACUGGAGCCUGCGGCACAUCAUGCCGCCGCUCGAGGCGCCCAUCUCGCGGUAUCCGCACCGGACGGGCGCGGUGCUGGCGUUCGGGACGCUGCGGCGGUGGAAGAAGGAGCUGGACCAGGCGAGGAUGGGGCAGCAGCAGGGCGGUGGCGCCGGAGGGCAGACGGGCGGAGGGGCCGGAGGAGGAGCGGGAGGAGUGGGAGGGGGCGCGGCGGGAGCGACGCGUGAGUGUAGGGGACGGACGGCGGUGCUUGGGGGCAGUGUUGCUGACCUUGCGGCAGCGGCGGCGACGUAUGCGAAUAACGCCAACGUGUUGCCGACGAGUGAUUUGCUACAGGAUAUCGACUGGUCGAUGCUGAUGGACGACUUUGACUGGACCGCAGGGGGCGCGGGGGAGCCCAACUUUUUGGGGCUUUCGUAG